AUGCUUGCUGCACAUCGCGAGCAAGAGAACCGGGUGCUCAGUCACCAGGCUUCCGCCAAGCCGCAGCCAAAGACGCCAGGCAUGCGGUAUCCAAAAACGCCAAUGAACCUGGGGCGAGGGAACGAGAAUGCCCUGGCCGGAUUUGCAGCCAAGAAUACUAUCCAGGGGGGUAUCAACCUUGGGGAGAACCAAAAAUUCAUUUCCAAGAAACCCGUCAUUACCCCGGCAGGGUCUCGGAUGCGAGCUCCCCUGGGAAACAAGACCACAAACGCCAAAGCGAUAAGCAACCUGGGGCUUGGACUCGGCGGCAAGAGUGCCGUCAGAGAGAUCGAGAGAACGCAAUCCAGGAACGUCACGGGUCAACGGCGGAAGCAGAAACAGCGGCAUAGGAGAGCUGAACUGGCGCCGAGGAGUCUUCUUUUCAAGCUCAAAGAUGGCCACGAUCGGGAUCAGGACGAACCCGAAUACGCACCUCCCAACCCCGAGCCUCUACCCUACGAGUCCGAUGUCUUUCCGCGCGACGCCCUCACUUUGAAGGGCCUAAAAAAAGAAAACAUGCUCAAAGGCUACUAUGAGCACUUUUACAACCCUAUCAAUGACGCCGGUGUGUCGCGCGCGGAGCAGCGGCUCCAGGAGGAAACGAAGGCGGCGCUUCAGAAGGCCAUGGAGCAUAACGAGCAGGACACCGAAGAGUUUGACUGGAACAGUGCCGAUAUCUCGGCUGAAUUAGAGCGAGACGCACCAGACGAAUCAGAAGUACCAGAGCGGACAACUAGGACAAGAGAGAAGCCCGUCUCUGCGAAUGAGCGGACGCAGGAUUCCUCCUCAACCCAGUCUGCGAUGGCAACCAGAGCGUCCAGAUCUGGUUCGUCCGGGAAGCCUAUGCCCCAAGCGAGGCAAGACGAUGUUCCAGGCCGCAUCGUCACUCGGUCGUCAAGGCAUCGGACUGAGCCGGCGGCUGUGGAACAUUCAUCACCGUUGGUCCUUCGCAGUCGUAGAGAUAGUGUCUCUUCGCAAGUGGCACCGAAAGACGCCGAGGAUGAUGAGUCUGAGCCAGCUUACAUGAUGGGCUCGCCCCGUCCCAAGCCAUCUGAUGAUGCGGCAUCAGACGACCUAGCUCACCUACAAUUCCCCAUCGACUCUGAUGAUGAAGAUGCCGGGAUCGAUCUUUCAGUGCUCCGCACGAGCCGCAGGGACUCGUUUGAGGGGUCGGUGUAUGAGUUGAGAUUCGACGUUUAG